AUGCAUUUAAAACAAUAUAGAGAAUUAAUUAAAAAAAAUCUGCCUUCCUAUAAAAUUAUAGAACAGUUACUUAAGGGAAAGGAUAUAAGUGAAUUAGAUUCAUUAAUUUGUUCUUCUGUCAAUUCCUCUGAUAUUAUAGCGAUAAUAACAGAUUUUAAUGCAUUGAUUCAAGUUGGAUAUAAUGAAAUAAAAAAAGAAUGUACUACUUCUAAGAAUCAAAAAUGCUGUAGAGCUUUGAACUAUUAUUUAGAUUUCGUAACUUCAAAUAUUUAUUUACCUCAAAUAAUUGAUACAUUUAAGCCUGAUUUGAUAGUUCAACUUGAAGAGCCAUGGAAUAAAAGACGUAAUAGCAAUAAUUAUAAUUGUGUUAGAGAAACAGAUAAAAAUUCAAUACUUAAAAGAUGUAUAAAAAAACAAAUAUAUGAUUUUUAUUAUGGCAAAGAUUAUUUAAAUAAAAAUCCAAAAGAAACUCAUAAUUCAUAUGAUAUAUACCUGAAUAAAAAAUGGUGCAGCAUAAUUAGGUAUGUUGAAUCUAGUAUUAAAGUGAAGGAAAUAAUUAUUACUAUCAACGGAGAUCAAAAAACUAUAAAAUAUGCUGAUUUACCUUUUAAAUAUAAAUUUUUAAAAUCUAAUAAUUUUAUUAAUGAUGAAAAUGAUGAUUUAAUUAUAUCUAUUGAAGAACAUAGAAAUGCAUUAGAUAAUAAUCAUGGACAAAUAGGAAAUAUGUCAAAUGAACAUAUUCAAACCAAGUACAACAAUGAUGAAAAGGUUAUUCAAUCAAAAAAUGUAUUUUUUGUUAAAUAUUUUCUCAUUUAUUGCUAUAUUAUUACAAUUAGUCCACUUGGAUCAUACAUUCGUAAAAAAAUAAUGAAAAAGAAAUAUUUUGAAAAAUAUAUAUGUAAAAAUACAGAAGAUUCUUUUUUACCAAAUACAGAUAAUAACAAAUUUAAUAUAACAUACAAUUCCUAA